UCAAGUUAAUUCGUCGGCUUUAGGAAGUAAUUAAAAUUUAAUUAAUGACGUCACUUCCGCGGUAAUUUUAAAUUCGAGGGGGCGUAAGCUCCGUCCACGUGUUGAUCGUUGUCGCCAUUACUGUUCUGUUGAUGUUCGUCGUUGGAAACUAAUACGUUUUAUUUAUUUUCAAAAACUACAUGAGAUGUUUAUUAAUAUUUCAGAGUGACUGCGGACGAACGGAGAAUCAUUGAUGACUAAAUCAAGCGGAAACUACACGCAAAAUCUCUUUCCAAAAGCAUUUUAACAAACAGAAGUGCAUAUACAAUAAAAGAUAGAAUGUAAAUAUGUGUUUAAUACAUGGAUUCUUCAAGUAAGUUAGUUUAUAUUAUGGAAAUGUCGUGAAAUACCACGGUAUUAGCAGUCUCUGUGAGAGGUAAUGUGGUGAGUGGUGAGUUCAAAAUGGAUCUCAGCUUUUUUCUACUUAUGAUAGUUAAUAAUGGUGAUAAAGAAUAAUGUAUUGAUUCUUUUGUAUACAGAUAGAAUUGUCUAAACUUGUUUUUCGCUAUUUUAUACAUUAUAACAAGAGAGUGAAUGAUAUUCGAUUCUUAAAUAAACUUAACCAAACUAAACUGAAAUCCGACAGUAAGUUUAUUUAAUGAGCUAAAGAUUUGAAGAUUUAAUUAUUAAAAUUGGAUAUUUUAUAAUUAGAGAACACUGAAAAACUACUCUUACAAGAAAUGAGAAGGUGAAAGAUUUUAGAUGAUGUACACUGUACAUUCAAUAGUGGAAGAUUUCAGAUUAAAUAAAUUAAUAAAUAUUGUUCUAAGUUAACUUUCUCUUUAGUUUUUAAAUGCUUUUUCUAGACAAGUAAGUCGUAUGACCUGCAUUUCCACUCUGUGGCAGAUGGCAGUACCCCGCUUUCUUGCAGACAUUCCAGUAUUUGAAAGACAUCUUUGCCGAUCACGUAAUCUCCAGUGGAAUGCCGUCUACCGGGUCUCUGGACCUCACUCCCCAGAUCUUGUUGCCUUGGGUGACAUUUCUGGCAUUUGCCAUAGGAGAAACGGAAAUAUCUUACUUAAAACUUCACUUAAACCUUUUCUGCUGUACGGUAACUUUUCAGACACCCUGUAUUUUCAACACACUCGCUGUAAUGAUUCUAAGAUUCAAGUUCCGGUGUCAGUAGGAUCACAAACAGGUUGAUGCCUCGAGACCAUCUUUCCGCAGUUGUAAGUUACAUUACACCAUUAGAGUAACAGAAAUAAAUAAUUCUUUAAACAGUUUUUAACAGUUUCUUUAAAAUUUAACAGAGCAUUCUAGAAGCAAAGUUAUAUUGUUAUUAUUACAUUUCUUUGAUUAUAAAAUGAUUACAAGGUGCAAACCUUAUAAUUCUAGUCUAAUUUUACUCAAUAGAAAAAAAAGAACUUAUACAAAAAGAAAUCUAUAGAACUAACUUAAUGAAAUUAAAACUCCAACAACAGUACAUAACGAUAUCAUAAUUAAUUGAUUAAUAUAGCUUAUAUCAGAAGAACGUGUUUUAUGUUAUUGUUAACAAUCAAUUCCAAUCAAGACACAUUAUUUUAAGUGGAUAUUACUUGUAUGUUUGUGCGGUACGAUCUAAAUUAACUAUUAAUACAUGAGGAUAAUGAACAUGUAGCAAAAUAAUGUCUACAUAUAAUAUAUACAGGUAUGCACUGUUAAAUGAUGGGCAUAUCUUCCAAUAAAUACGUAGAGAGAACGUCGUAACGUCUAAUCUAAAUGUUAGUGUCUGCUAUAGGUUUUAACACCCAGCUCGGAACUUUUUAAACACCCAGCGUAUAGCCCCGUUUUAGCGCCGAGCGACUUCCACCUCUUUCCUGAACUGAAAAUGUGGCUAGGAAGGCGGAUGUUUGAGACUAAUGACGAUCUUCAAAACAAUGUUAAGGCCCGUCUCGAGUCACCGGCGGCGACAUUCUACGAAGAGGAGAUUGGAAAGCUUCUCCGCAGAUAGACAAAUGACUCGAUCUUCACGGCGAUUAUGUCGAAAAGUAAUCAUGUUUGUACCUAACUUUUGGUAAUAAAUUCAUUUUGUUAUUUACACUUGUCUUUGUUUUAUGGACCAUUGGAGGUUGGUAAAAGAAAGAAAAUGCCUUUGUAUGCAGUGCUGUAUAUAUGACUUUGAUGUCGGUACAAAUUUCUUGUUGCAUGGUAACUUUUCGGAUACCCUGUACUUAAUUACAAAUAUUUAUCUUUCGUAACUGAUUUAAAUUGCCAAUAAUUUACAUUUUAUUUAUUAUUUAAGUUCGUUACUUAACUUUGCUUAUUUUACUUUAUUUUUUUCAGACAUUGGAUAGAUACAAACAUGUUAUCAGUUGAAGUAUUUCAUAUAAAUCACAUUUAUAUGCAGACGAUAAAAUUGAAUUUUAAUUUAUUAUUGAAUGAUAAAGUUUUUUAACCGUGAAACAUAUAUCAGAAGCAACUGAAAGAGAAUAAAAUGCCGAAGGAAGACGUCUCGUCGCAGGAAGAGCCGAAUUAACUCUCGAAAUGAAAAUACUUUUCUGCGGCGUAUUUACUUCAAUAAAAUUAUAAAUCGUUUGCGCAUUACAAUUGGAAUAUGAAUUCUUAAGUUUUUGCUUAAUAAUGUUUUAUAUCUCUAAACUAUAUAAUUUAGAAUUUGGUAUUAAAUUUGAUAAGUUGAGUUUUAAUAAUAGUUCAAUAAUGCAGAAUUUUAUCUUUAUUUAUUUUUGCAGGAAGACUUAGAAAGAAGACGGGCAGAUUUGACUGCAGAAUCUGCGGCAAAGUGUUCUCGCAGAAGAGCAACCUAAACGUUCACUUAAAGACUCAUUUCGGCGAGACCUACUCGUGCGACAUUUGCCACCGCGAAUUCGGUCUCAAGUCGACUCUAUAUAAUCACGUCAAGAUCCAUUCCGGAUUCAAACCCUACGUUUGUGACAUAUGCAGGCACAGCUUUAUACAAAAGGGAGAUUUAGUGAGGCACAUCAGAGUGCACACUGGCGAGAAACCAUACUGCUGCGACUAUUGUUUCCGCAGGUUUGCAGACAAGUCCAGUUUGACGAAACACGUAAGAAGAAUUCAUUCGGGACAAGGUAAACCGACGAUACUCGUCUGAUUGCGAGUUUAGGGUUUCAGAUUUCAAGAUGCUGAUGAGAAAAUGUUUUCUUCCUCAUUCCACAGUGGUCCCAAUUCUUAUUUUAUUUAAUGUAUUAACGUUACUGUUAAUUGAUAUAAUAAUGAAUUAUCAUUUCUAUGGAGCGUUUUUGUUUUCUAAACGGAAUUUUAACGUGUACAAACUGAAAACGACAAAGCUGAAAUUGUGUGCACAGCCUAAAAUUGAAGUUCGUAGCUUAAACCAACCCAGAGACGUCAGGGUAAGUACGACGAGUAUCGAGUACCGUCGUCACCCCAAAACCAUUCUUCUAUGGACAAAAUAUUAUGGAGAGACUUAUUCCCAUGAUUACUACUACUUCGUAGAAGAAGGUAACACCACUUUCAAAAUGUACGGCUGCCCAUAUAGCGAUUGCAUCGUUACGACAAACAGGUCUUUGCUGAAAACUGCCCAAGCAGUUCUCUUCCAUCAGGCGGAUUUCCACCCCCGGGAUAUACCGAAAUCUCGAGAUAUCAAUCAGAAAUGGAUAUUUUAUCUUAUGGAAGCUCCUGGGAGAGAUUCAGUUUUCUGGCACACCAGAAAUAACCUGUUUAACUGGACUAUGAGCUACAGGAGCGAUUCGGACAUUCGAGUGAAGUACGGAGAAGUGUGCCAAUUACCAACAGAAGAAUGGGAAUACGUGGAUAAGGACUACUUGCAGAGUAAGAUCGGCGAAGUUGUGUGGUUCGUAAGCAAUUGCCAUACGUCGAACAAUAGAAUCGAUUACGUUGCAAAGUUGUCGGAACACAUCCAGGUUGAUAUAUACGGAAAUUGUGGCAAGAAGAAGUGCCAACCCAGCCAAUCGCCCGAGUGUUACGAUGAAAUCCUGAAGCAUUACAAAUUUUACUUGUCGUUUGAAAACUCUAAUUGCAAGGAUUACGUCACGGAAAAGUUAUUUAACGUGCUCAAUUACGACGUAAUUCCAGUAGUGAUGGGUUCGGCCGAUUACGAGUCCAUAGCUCCUCCACAUUUCGUAAUAAACGCCGUGGAUUUUCCGGAUCCGGUCAAUUUGGCCGAAUUUCUGAAGACUGUCGGCAGCGACGGAAGAUUGUACAAUUCUUAUUUCGAAUGGAAGGGAAAAUUCAAGAGUUAUUUGUACCCCUGGAUGUGCGAAUUGUGCAAAAAGUUGCAUUUUCAGGGAGGUGAAAGGACGGAAAGAAACUAUAUUUCCAAAUGGUGGCUUGAGGAAGCAGGUUGCAAGAAAUGGAAGCUCAAUAAAUUUCUAUAAAUAUUUGUGGUUCUAUUUUUAAAUAUUAAAUGAGAUAUAUUUGAAAAAAUAAGAAGAUAUUUUGGCAUUCUUGAUUAUUCUUCAGGAUUGUUUUAUUCGUAUUCGGUAACACGACACAUAGAUCUGCCUAGACGGUGCCUACUAUUACAGUUUAAUGGCACAAAUGUGUCGCCAGGUUCCGCAGAACACUGUCUGGCAGCUACCUCAUCUAAAUGGUGAGGCUGCAAAGUCAUGAAAUACAUGCAUAAUAUGAAAAUAGAUGUUAUGUGUUAUAUAGUGUGUAAAUAAAACAGUAACAUAAUAUAACGUCGUACAUGUAUUUUCCAGGACCUGUACAUCCGGUUUAACAACGAUAUGUCCGCUUCGAACAUGUCGAAGUUUCUGUAUACCUAUUUAAAGAGUUGCGGGAUUUAUCUUGUUUUGUGCAAUACACCUAGUGGUAUCACUUCUGGAAAUAUUGAUGUUGAAAACAAGUAAUACAUUGGCACUAAAUGGGGGUGUGGGGAUUGCCAUACGAACAUUACAUAGUGUAUUGGUUUUCAGGAUUUUACUAAUAUACUUAAAGGAAAAUUGUGUCUCCAACUUAAAAAGUCUAUUCAAAAUUUCUUGUUCACUGUUGACGAGAACCUUAUUGUUCUUGACAGAAGAAAUUUCUAAAGCGUUCAGUUUAUCUACAACACUUUGUUGAUUGGUUAGGAUAGCUUCUCCGCUUUUAUUUCAGGCAAUUUGAUUUAGUUUCUUCUCCGAUAGACAAUUACCAAGAAUAUUUACGAUUUUCUCCACACGUCCUAUAAUGUACUCAGAGUGCCUUUUGAUACCGAGCUUGGCACCAUCAUUCGACUCAAAGAACCCCUUGAUCUCAUCUAGUACCCGAUAAGCGGAAAGCCGAAGUCCUCCUAUAUCAAGGUGUUCAGAAUCCAUCGCGACAGUUAGAAAGUGGAGAAAGUUGCAGGAUUGAGGAAAAGAAAUAAAUUUUUUGGUACGCUUUGCUAGUUUUUUGCCCUCUGGGCGCUUUUCUUUUCCAUGCCCAUCAUGGGUUCGGCCACAUCCACAAUGGAGACGGCCUGGCAGUGAAACAAUGAGCCCAACGUUUCUGAUGAAGACCUUCCUUAAUUAAAAAUACU